CCGGCGCCGGCUUUGGCGGCCCACAAGGCAGGGCCGGAGCGUCAGUGGAGUUAGGCAGCUGCGGCCUUGAAGGUGCCUGGAGCCUCUCCUCGCCUUUUCUAGCCCGGAGCAUUGGCCAUGGCCCCGCCCUGGGUCCCUGCCGCUGGAUUCACCCUCCUCCCCAGCCUCGGGUUGUUCGCUGUGUCCCGGAACACGAGGAGAGAAGUGACCACGUGGUACACAACGCUGGCCAAGCCCACAUGGACCCCACCUAACUGGAUGUUCGGCCCAGUGUGGGGGACCUUGUACACUGCCAUGGGCUAUGGCUCCUACUUGGUCUGGCGGGAGCUGGGAGGCUUCACAGAGAAGGCACUACUGCCCCUUGGACUCUACACCGGCCAGCUGGCCCUCAACUGGGCCUGGUCGCCCAUCUUCUUUGGAGCCCAUCAGAUGGGCUGGGCCCUGGUGGACAUCCUGGCUGUGGGAGGCAUGGCCGUGGCCACCACCGUGUCCUGGCAGCAGGUCAGCCGGCCAGCCGCACGAUUAUUGUAUCCAUACCUGGCUUGGCUGGCCCUGGCCACGGCCCUCAACUACCGCAUCUGGAGGGACAACCCAGCUGACCGGCGUCGGAGGGGCGAGUGAACCAGGCCGAGCCAACGGCCGGAAGCCUCCUGGAGCUGACAUCAUGGCGGGAGGGGCUGGGCGUGCCUUGCCCCAGUUUAGACUCAGUCAGCCCUAAGUACUUCUCUACAUAACUAGGGCAGGGACAGAUGGGACUUGGGAUGGGAAUGAGGGUGGCGGUGGGGAGAGUCUUGUCACUGCCCACUGUGCCAAUAGUCUGGCUUUAGUUGGGCUAAUGGAGGGGUCUGAUCUCUGACCUCCCAGACAGGGAGUGAGGGAAGAGGAGAGGCCCAUCCAAAGAAUGGAGAAGGGCAGUGGGGGUGGGGGGACAUUAGCAAUCACGGUAGUUAAAGGAAUAAAAUAAUUUUCAAAAACUGGGUCCAA